AUGCAACUUGGGGCGAGGGCGCCGCACGUUCCUGACCAUGCAGAUGAGGAUCUGGAAAGCCCUCGGAAAAGGCCGGGAGAGUCCAAGCAGGCGGGCGCUCCGAACAAAGUUAAGAAGGCAGUGCCGAGUACAACAGGGCUUGCAGGGGCGGUCUCAGGGGGAGACGGCGUUAGCCUUGCCAAUGUGACGCUUGGGGACCUCCGAGGUUUACUGGAAGAGCAAUCCCAGAAGAUCCUUCAGGCCAACAGGGAGCAUACGGAAGGGCUGGUUAAGUCUCUCGAGGAGAGGCAUGACGCCAGGAUAUCGGAGGUGGAGACGGUGACCCGCACCCUCUCGGACUCCAUGGACUCGCUGCAGGGGCGCUUGACUCGCAUGGAGCAGCUUAUGAAAGGCGGAGGACAGGUCUUGGGGGAUGAACGCCGCAAGCAGACCCUCGUUUUCGGAGGGUGGGACAGAGACACCCGCCGUAACGUGAUCACCAGAGAGCUGACGGAGGCCUUUGUUAAGCUGCACAUUACAGACCAAGUUGACGAGGAAGUCUUCACGACAGGUCCCAGGAGGAGCAUUGCCUUGCUAAAUAUGCCCCUUCGUUUGCACGAGCUGGAGUCAGGCAGAAAAGCACGCAUGCAUCGGGUGCUGCUCGCGAUCAACGGAGCUAAUGCCACAACGUCCUCCGGGAAAAGAUUGUGGUGCUCUUACUCGAAGACCAAACAGGAGAGAGAGACCGGUGCACACUGCGCCUGGGUGAAAAGAUCUCUGGGGGCUAUUUCUGACACACUGGCAGCAGAAGUGGACGUCGAGUAUGCCUCAGGAUCCGUGUGGAUGGGCGAAAGCCUGGUCGCAAGUGUGGUCAGGCAGCCAAUGAACGGGGCUAAAUCCGAUGAGAUGCUGGUCGACUCUGCGGCCGAGACCUGCAAACCGUGGGUUGACCUUGGUGCCCUUUCCAAAGAAUCUCAGUGUGCGGUGGAAAAGCUGCGUGGGGCCCUUGUGGCCAACAAGCGGUGA